CCAUGUGUAGAUUUUGUGUUCUCUGACCUCGAUCCCUUUCACUCUGAAACGAAAAGGACCUGAGCUGUGAUUAGCUUUGGUGUUCUCGAGCCGUGUCACUCCCUGAAACAAACAGACUCCGAGCUGCGAAUUGUAAAAGUGAACAGUUUAAGAGACUUUAAUCAGAACGACUGUUCUGUGGCCUGACCUUGAUCCGUGUCACUCCCUGAAACAAACAGACUCUGAGUUGUUGUUGUUAAAGUGAACAGUAUUCAUCAUUUAAAGUUGUCAUUCUUAUAUAAACUUCGAGAAUAAAGAUCGACUGGGAACAGACAACAAAACACUUCUCGGCAAUUUUACCCAGUUUCUUAGCAGACAUUCGUUUGGGUUUUUGAUCAUAAAGUGCUACCCGUAACCUGGUACGAACCCUAGAAAAUAACUGAAUUAUAUCCGAUAUCAGAAGUAUUGUGCCAGACAUUUUAUAUGAUUGGAUGUUACGAUCUUACGUGUGAACUCUGACCUUUUACAAAUUUUCAAAAGUCCUAGAAUUAUUUUAAAGGUAUAGUUCUAACAAGAUUGGUGAUCUUUAACUCUGACCCCUGACCUCUCACCUCUAAAAGUUUACACAAUGUUGCCCCCAACUCCCCAACCGGAUUGUGGAAACUUUCAAACAGAUGAGACACCUAAAUUAUCGCCUGCCAUUCUAGGUUGUCGUGUAAUACGUAUAAAGAAAUUGUGCCGAUCUAGAUCUGGAACUAUAUUAAAGAGAGCUGAAGACAUGAAUUCCAGCCCACGUACAGUUAAAAUAAAAGAUCUACUCGAUGGAUUUAUGUAUCGCAGAUGUCUAGAAUGGGGUAAUUUGUUCCCAGAAGCUGUUGGUACCUGUCAAUCACCCAUCAAUCUGGUAUCACGUGACGCAUGUUAUGAUCCAGAGUUAGAGAAGAACGAAUUAAGGUUUAAUUAUUACAUCUGCAGAGAAACUGAUAUAUUAAAUAACGGACAUACACUGGCUGUAUUUCCUAGAGUUAAACAAGAAAGUCUGAGACAUGAAUCAAUGGGCAGAUCAGUAAUAUCAGGAGGUCCUCUACCACCAGGUACAGAAUAUGAACUAGCAGAAAUCAGAUUUCACUGGGGACGUGAAAAUAAUAAAGGAUCAGAACAUACAGUUAAUAAAAAGGCUUUUCCCAUGGAGGUACAGCUAGUUCAUUGGAAUAGUGAGAAAUAUUCGAGUAUAGAAGAAGCAUUGGGUAGUCCAUCUGGUAUCGCUAUAAUCUCUCUCUUUACUCAGCUAGGAAGAGAACAUACAGGUUUACGUGUUGUUACAGAUAACCUAGAAGAUGUUCUGUAUAAGGGACGACAGAAAACAGCCACGUCAGCAUUUAAUCCUACCUGUUUAUUACCAGAUCCCCAACUACGAGAUUUCUGGGCCUACGAAGGAUCUUUAACGUCCCCGCCAUGUUCAGAAAAAGUGGCAUGGAUUUUAUUUCGAUACCCUCUGAUGUUAUCUCAUUCACAGCUUGAAGAAUUCCGUCGAUUGAGAACAUUUCCUAAAGGUGAAUGUCCUAAAACAGGCGAAGAUGGUGUCAUGGCGGAUAAUUUCAGACCAACACAGAAACUUGGUGAAAGACGAGUCAGAGCAUCGUUUCCAUCCUAAUUUAUACCAAAUUUUACCAGACUUGGGGUAAAAUGGCCUCUAGUGCACAUACGGCUUAAUACUCGAAAUCGGGGACGAUAAAAUCACCCGGGGGGUAGGAUAUAGAUAAGAUCAUCAAGUCCUCAAAUCACAUUAAAUAUGGCUUUGUGUGUGUGUGUGGGGGGGGGGGGGUUGGGUUUUUUUGUUAUUUAAGAGCCAUUUGUGCAGAGCGCGAACGUAGCCUCGAAAGCGACUGCGACUUUCUGUGUGGAUCGUGAUGAAACUUGUGCCUUGACGCUUUAAACAAGAUCCAUCUUUUGACGUUACACGCCGUUAGGUUAAUGAAAAUCGCUCUCUCUGGAGGCAAUCUCUGCGCAAACAAAAUUUCGUCCGCAUUUGCAAUCGAUCACCGCACUAGCAGACGCUUUCGCACUCGGUAUAUACGGUUCUCUUUGGAAUAGAUGGACAGUAUCUGAGGGCAUUAUACACUAAAAGUACUUAUUAUAUUUUUUAUAUUAUAAAAUAAAAUCACAGAGAUAUUACUGUUGUAUUUUUUAAAUUUUUAAUGUUGUUUACUGUUAUUUUUAACUCCUCGUCACUUCCGCCAGACAGAGGAGAAUAUAUUGCAUUUAUUGUAUUCAUUACAUAGAGUUAUAAAUAGAAUCUUUUACUUUCAUUUUCACAGUUUUUAAAUUUGAUAUUAUUAAGUUCCCGCCUUCUAUUGUUUUUAUUCUAUAAGAUUCCCGCCUUAUUUGUUAUUAUUCCUCUCUAUAUGAUGAUAUGAAUAUUUAUAGUAAACCGUCGUGCCUUCUACUUUCACUUUAUCGUUUUAAUUUUUAAUAAAUUACCACCUUUCCUUAUUUGGUAUUAUCUAUAUCAAGAUCGUAAAGCGUAAUAUUAGCAUAAUAUUAUAUCUUUUCCAUGCUUUAUCCUUUAA